AUAAGAGUCACUCGCGCCUGUCAUUCGAAGAUGUGGCGAUCAACCGUUGCCUUUUUCGUGCUCUCGUCGUCUUUGGUUUUGUUUUUCUCUUCUCUGGUUGUAACGCAGAACACUAAUUGCAACUCAUGGGGCUGCCUUGGUGAACCAGUGUGCGAGGAAGGCACAAUUUUGACUCCGAAUGUGACGUUGGGUAAUUGCUGUCCUGGCUGCGUUGCGUAUGUUGAUCUUAAUGGUAACUGCGCAAACGGAGCCAAAUGUAAACCUGGACUUGAGUGUUUAAAUGGAAAAUGCAGAGUAGCUGCGAAAGGCACAUGUGAGAGUUACAAAUUCCGAGAUUUCCUCUGGGUCCCAAAAUGUGAGCCAGACGGUUCUUUUUCUGCUGUCCAGUGCAAGGGUGAAAGAUUGACGGGGAGAUGCUUCUGCUACUCCGAGUUAGGGAAGCGACUUUUCGGUCAGCAGUGGUGGAGUAAAGCCGAAAAUAUGACUUGUGCUUGCAGUAGAAAAAUUGAAGAAUUGAAAAAGAAAGGUCGCGUAGACGUCACCCUUCACUGCACUUCGGACGGCAAUUUUGACACCCUGCAGUGCGAUUCCGGCAUUUGCUGGUGCGCUGACGAGAAAACGGGACUGACUUUGGGAGAAGUUGUGCCUCAACCGAUGAUUGAACUGCUUCCUUGCUACAACAAAACAGUAGUCGGGGACUCGUAUGUGAGGAAAUGCGACAGCGCCGCUUAUUCUCUUGGCGUCAUCAGGGACGAAAUGAACCAGCACGGCACUCUCGGCGAUCUUUUUGUGGGAAAGAAUUGCGGCUAUGAUGGCUCGUAUGGAGAGUAUCAGUUUGAGGGAGGACAGUAUUACUGUACUUGGAAGGACAACAGUAAAAUUGGAAGUUUCAUGGCAGGCACGGUUCCGGUAGGAGGCUUAGACUGCUAUUGCGCCUGGGACUCGAGGUAUUUCAAAGAAAGUGGUUACGGAUUCACCAUGCAAUGCGCUGGAAGCGGAAGUUAUAUCACGUUGCAACAAUUGGAGGGCCAGGCGAUGUGCGUUGACAGAGAUGGUUUUGCGUUCAAAAAUGCUACUCUAGUUGGAGAAGCCUACACUUGUCCUACUACCCCUCCUCCUCUUUACCAGUAAUUAUUCAAUUGUAUCUUACCUCACUAAUUUAUUGAAUAUAGAUUAAAAAUUAACAAACCCAAAUUUGUUUUUGGCACAUACAACACAAAGUUUAUUUAUUUUUAUUGCUCCUACAACAAAUGCGCGAGUUUUUCAUCACACAU